AUGUCCAUUUCUGGAACUUUAACCAACUACUACGUGGACUCCAUCAUAAGUCACGACAAUGAUGAACUUUCAGGUCCAGCCCGCUUCUCCAGCAUCCAGUACUCCAGUUCCAGCUCCGCCGCAGCCGCGGAAGGAAGGCAGCCCGUCGGCGCGGCGCACGCGGUGCAUUCAAAUUCCGAAUCGUAUCCAUCCUGCAGUUUCCAGCCCAAACCUCCGGUCUUCUCGUCAUCAUGGAGCCCUUUCAGUACGCACCACGGAACCAGUGGCCUCGCCACUGUGUACCACCCUUACAUCCCAGCCCAGCACGUUCCCGCCGCGGACACACGCUACAUACGCUCAUGGCUAGACUGUCCUCCGAGCCACUCCGAGUCUGUCCCGGGCCAGAGCCAAACAGGCCAGAUCAAGCUGGAGCCCCACCUCGGCCAUCAAGGCCGGGAGAUCCCACUCAAAAGCAGCGGCCAACACCAGGACGAGACCACCACUUACAUCCUGGAGUCAAUUUCUUCUGCAGCGCGCGAGCUGAGCCACCAUCCGGCAGCCAUCCCGGGACGAGGGUUCGAGGAGAGUAAGAACGUUUGUGAAGGGAACGAAGACAAAGACGGACUGGAUCAAAAUGACCCUUCGGCCAACUGGCUGCACGCGCGCUCCUCCAGGAAAAAGCGGUGCCCCUACACAAAAUACCAGACCCUGGAGCUGGAGAAGGAGUUCUUGUUCAACAUGUACCUCACGCGGGACCGGCGGCACGAGGUGGCUCGCGCGCUCAACCUGACGGAGCGUCAAGUUAAAAUUUGGUUCCAGAAUCGGAGAAUGAAAAUGAAGAAACAGAACAAAGACCAACCGAAGGAGUAGAGGAGAGGACACCUGCACACUCAGAGGCGUGUGCACUGCCGUGUAGGCUGUCCAUCACGCUCCUUGUUAGUUAUUCACACAAUUCUUCCAAGUUAUAGGCAACAUGGGGUCACGCGGCUGAAUGGACCGGAUUCAUCCAGUAUGAGCCACAU